AUGUCGGCUACCGAUGAUCAUCCCGACUCUGACAUGUGGAUGGAGCCUGACGAGCUUCCUAAACCACAGUAUAGUGUUGUAAGGUCUGAGUCAAGAGUAGUUCGUCAAUAUUCAUCAUCACCACUAAUUCGGGAGUCAAACAAUGGGUUCAGACAAAUUCAGACCCCCAACAGUUAUGCUUCAAUCGAUCGAAGCGAUCAAACUCAACAUGGCGAAGCUUCUCAUUCAUCUUUCGAUGCACAAAAUCCAGCUCCAGCUGAACAAAAUUUCUUUCCAUUAUUUUUCCGUAAUUCACCAGCAGGUUCAUCACCAGUUCGAAAUUAUCAAACACAAAACUCAGCAGCUUCAAUUGCUGGUCGUUACAGUGCUGGUCGCGCUUCUAAUUUUGAUCAAUCGAUUCUCGGUUCAGGAGAUUUUUCUGUUGUUCGAGGUGGAACAUUCUUCCCGGAAGGUGAAAGAUCGUUUAGAUUAAAAGGCGAUAACGAUUUCUAUGCAAGCUUCUUAAAUGGACAUGGAAGACCAAACGCUCAACAACUUACUUCUUCGAAAAAGGAGGCAUACUACCCACAAGAUCCAUUUAAAAACUUUAAAGAUUUCGCUGAAAUAAAUGGGGGAAGUGACCCAGCCUUCUCUCAUUUCAUCGUUGUUUAUGCUAAUAAAAAUUCCUCCCAAUCCCAUCCAUCACAUCCAAGCCCAAAGAAUAUUUUCGAACAAUUGCAAUUGCUUGAUCUUGAGAAAGAGAAGGAAAAGGAAAACGAAAGCUCCGAUUUGACAGAUGUUGAUCAAGGAGAAAAUGAGAAAAAAUUGAUGAAAUUAAGCAAAUUUAAAUCAAAGCUUUCAAAGACGAAAGUCGUAAAGAAAUAUAAAAAGAAGCUUGGGCCAAAAUACACAACUUCAUCAGAUUACACAGAUCCGCUACUUGCCCUAAGCUAAGCUUAGCGAUUACUCAAGUGCUAUAUGAAGAUUUUUUCAAAAGUAUCUUCGUAUGAUUAUAAAAGGAUACAAAUAUUAAGAUUUUUUUAAGAAAUUUGUUACCCAUUAAGCGUAAUGUGACAGAAAAUUUAAAUAUUGGAUACACUACGUUAUUUACGUAAUUUUUACGUAACGUAAACCGACGUAAGUAAGCUUUCAACUCUGAUUCAAAAAUUUUUUUCUCUCCUAAUCUUUUCUUUAAAUAGUGUACAAAAAAAGACAUCUUGACAGAGUUUAGAAUCGUAUUGGAAAUCGAUCUAUCAUUCUAAACUCUCGUUCUUGCAACAACAGAAAAAUUGAAUAAUUUGUGAACAAAAUAAAAGGAAUUGAAUUUUACAAUAGCAAUAUUUAAUUAAGAAAACUCUACAGAUAUUGUUUGAUUUGAUUUUUUUGUAUAUUUUUCAUUUAAAAUAAGACCUUAGAAUGUAAGCAAGCUCGCCAUUCCGACGAGCUUUAUGUGUCCGCAUUAAACAUAAGAUUUUUAUUAAAAACAAAAAAAUAAAGAAGUUAAAAGUUAUUGAAGUCAUCUCGUAAAUUAUUCUGAAAUAAAAACAAUGAUUUACAAGC